ACACAACUGGGUCAACCCUAGUCUCUAGUAACUACUAGUGCGUUCAGCUUUUGAGGUGAGAACCGUUUGAGAUCAUUGUGUCGCUUUCAGUGCAGAGCACACAAGGAAACAAUUAGUGGAUCAAGAUGAAUACCUUGGCUUGUCCGUUCCUGACCAAGCUGCCAGUGGGCAGUCUGCGCCAGUUUGCGCCGCAGCUGCUCAGCUAUGGUGCCAGUCACUGCCCAAUAAUGGCACAUGCGGCCCAGUACUUUUCUGUUGCUCCAACAUCUGACAAAAAGGAACAGGAAGCUAUUGCCUCGGUGUCCAAGUGUCCGUUCCUGGCCAAAGAGGCGGUGGCUACUCCGGCCGUCAGUUCUGAGGUCCAACAAGACGCCAUCAGUGUUCCAACAUCGGUCUACACUGUUGAGCCUGUUGCCGAGACAACCACUCUUACUGAAACAACCAUGUCACCAACAAUGGAAGUGACUGAAAACGUGGAGUCUAAGAAAACCACCGGUGGGUUCAUGUCUGGUCUGAACUUCGAAUCGGCCUUCAAGUCCUUCAAGAAGGGAAGUGGUGGACCCCCCACCGGAGAUCCACCGAAGCCGUUCUUCAACUACGACCGGUUUUUCUCGCACCAGGUGGAGAAGAAGAAAAAAGAUCAUACGUACCGUGUCUUCAAGAAGGUCAUGAGGAAUGCGUCAACGUUUCCGUUCGCCAAGGAGCACACCGGAGGAGCAAAAGACAUUACCGUCUGGUGUAGUAAUGACUACAUGGGCAUGAGCUGGCAUCCGGAGGUCAAACAAGCUGUCGGGAAAGCUCUAGACAGGCAUGGCGCGGGUGCAGGCGGAACCAGGAAUAUAUCGGGAAAUUCGCCACUGCACGAGCAGCUGGAGGCGGAGCUUGCGAGGCUGCACCAGAAGGAGGCUGGUUUGGUGUUCACGUCCUGCUAUGUCGCCAAUGACACGACGCUCUACACUCUACUAAAGAAACUACCAGGUGCCCAUAUUUUCUCUGAUGCCGGUAACCAUGCGUCCAUGAUCCAGGGUAUUCUGAACAGUGGUGUGCCGAAGCACAUUUUCCGCCAUAACGAUUCGGACCAUCUAGAACAACUACUCAAGGAGGUGGAUGUCUCAGUGCCAAAAAUUGUGGCUUUUGAAACUGUGCAUUCGAUGGACGGUUCCAUCAGUCCACUAAAUGAAAUGUGUGAUAUUGCCAAGAAGUAUGGAGCGCUGACGUUUGUUGAUGAGGUGCAUGCGGUCGGUCUCUAUGGCGACCACGGUGCUGGUGUGGGAGAACGUGAUGGCUGCAUGCACAAGAUUGACAUGAUCUCAGGAACUCUGGGCAAGGCAUUUGGCAACAUGGGUGGCUACGUAGUUGGGUCUGCGAGUACGAUCGACAUGAUUCGAAGUUAUGCAUCCGGCUUCAUCUUCACCACCUCUCUUCCUCCCACCCUUCUCUCUGGAGCUAUAGCAGCUAUCAAGGUGUUGUCGGGUCCAGAAGGUCAGAAACUGAGGGCUAGACACCAGACCAACGUCAAGUAUCUCCGUGAUAAGUUGAUUCACGCAGGCAUUCCAGCAAUGCACACUCCCAGUCACAUCAUCCCCAUCCAUAUUGGCAAUGCCCAGAUUUGCACGAAGGUCUCCAACGACUUGAUGCAGAAACAUGGCGUCUACGUGCAGGCGAUCAACUACCCGACGGUGGCGAUGGGGGAGGAACGUCUGCGGUGCGCGCCCACCCCCCACCACACCUACGAGAUGAUGGACGAUCUCACCAACUACCUUGUGGACGUCUGGAAGAUGAACGGCCUUGAACUCUACAGACCCAUGUGUCCGAAGAAUUGCGAAAAUUGUCUCAAACCCCUAAAGUUUGAGUAUUUCUUCAGCUCUGACCCUAUUUGCGAGCGUUCCAAUUGCACUUACACUGCCAUGCAGGACGCAUUAGCUUGAAUUGCCAAGCCCCGGGCAGUCGAGGUUGCUGUUUGAUUUCCAUGUUUGUAGUUGAAAAAAACAUUUCUUUCGUUGUUAAGGACAAUAUCUUUUUUUUUUUAAACAUCUGUUUUAUUUUCAUGUUGGUAGUUAAAAGAAAGUUUCUUACUUCUUUAAACACAGUGUUUGGAAUAGAAAUAUUCGUCAUUAAUAAAUGCUACAUAUUACCCUGCUGUUGCGUUAAUGUUACAAGUAUGUUUGUGGUUAAGAAAAGAUUAUUUCUUCUUUAUUAAAGACAGUUUUAGCUUUGGUGUUGUUGUUUUUUGGUGUUUUUUUUUUUUAAUUAAUGUGAUGAAUGAAAACAGAUAUCUUAGUAAUUAAUAAAUACUACUCAUUAGCCUGUUAUUAUGUUAAUGUUAAAAGUAUGGACAAUAAUGAAAUUGUGAAACAAAAUUAUUCACUUCCAUGUCCCUAUAGGGAUGUUUGACAGAUAUCAUUUGAUCAGUUUUUGGCAGAGUUAUUGCCCUUGCAUAGUUUUCUAGUUGAAUAUAAUUUUGGUAUACCAAGCAAAAAAUAAAGUUUUAAAAGUUGUUUUCUUAUAAAGUAUAAUGAACAUAAAAAUACAAAAAUUCCACAAAACAUUUAACUUGUAGAAAAUGAAAACUUUAAGACUUGUUACUCAUAAAAUGUAAAGAAUGUCUCUGAUUUGAUUAUUUAAUGCAAAACUGAUUUGAUUAUUUAAUGCAAAACUGAUUUGACUUAUUAGUGUUAAAAACCUAUAUCACAUUGUUUUCGCUAUAAACAUGGGAAUAACAUGCAGACUGUUGAGUGUUUAGUGGAAUCCAACUAUAUGGACUGGAACAUUUAGUUUUAAGUGGCUUUUUGUGUAUUCUUAUAACCUACUAGGCUGUUUUAAUCCGUUUCUUUGUGACGUCUGUAGAUUUUCUGAUUUAUCGACUAUACUCUUAAUAAUAUAUUGUGUAUGGGAAGGUAUUUGAUGGAAUUUGAAUCUCUGGUGCAAACAUGUUUUUUUUUUGGUGAGUUUCAUUAUGAAUAUAUUAGUGAAAAUUACAAAGUAGUUUUUUGUUUGUAUGCAAUUAAUUUUUCUAUUUCGGUAUUUAAUGUAUUUUUUCUGGCUGAAUAAUAAAGAAAUUACUUGACAAAAAUUGUGGCAUCAAAUCCUUGUGUGAAUUUUAUGUUUGAUUUCUAAAUAUGUAUGAUUAACAUAAUAGUGCUAAAAUGCUUUAAAUUAAGCAAGGUUUGGAUUGUAUAAUUGAAAAAUUAAUAUGAAGUCAAAUAUGUGAAAUAAUUUACCAAAAUAGAGUUUUGAUGAUAUAAAAAUAAUGUUGGUUUUGGAUUUCAUUUCUUCUUUUUGUUUCUUCUGCAUUAGUUAAUAUAGUUUGUCUUUUAUCACUUCAGUCUUUCAACAGUGGUUUUGGUUGUAGCUCUGGCACACAUUCCUUCAUUAAUUUGCACAAGUAUCUAUUGUAAUUUUAAAAUGUCACCAUUUCUUUCUAAAGUUAAAAACUAUUCUCAUUUGUGUUGAUAUAUUAAAAUUUAUCUUUAUUUGACCAAUAUUUUUUUUUAUAUUAGAAUGUUUCUAGGUUAGUUAAAAAAGAUAAUUUUAUGUUUUAUUCAAUUAAUAUUUAGUUAGAUUGCAAUAUAUCUGCUUCGUUCAUACAGAUAAAAUUAUAAAAUAUUAAUUAUUGCUAUUACGCAGUCAAUUUUUUAAUUUAUUAAAAUAACUAAAUUUUAGAAUCUGAAUUUGUAAUUAAUUUUGGAACGUUAAGUGGUAACAGAUCUUAUUUAUUCAAAUACAACUAAAUAAUUAAUUAGUUAAAAUAAACAUCUGAUCUGCUUUUUUAACAAUGAAGGGAUUGUGUGCUGGUUUUAGGAUUAGUUUGGUGUUGGGCUAAGUUCGUAACAAGUCAUUAAAUGGUGUAGGAAAAACUCUUAAGGGAAUUCUUGGGGGAGGCUUGUUUAAUGCUUUUAUUUUUUCAAGAUGUAGCUUGGUUCUCCGUGAAAAUAUUUUGUUAUUCAUAAUUAGAACAUAACCAUGCUUUUAAUUAUUGUAAAGCUUAACACACAAAAAAAGUUAUUAAAAAAAAAAGGCAAAAAAAAAGAAGCCUUUUGGUUAUUUUCUUUUCUUUUCUACAAACAUUUGACAACUGGAAACGAAAACUUGGGAAGUUACAAAUAUAAUAAUCUUUGGAAGUUUGAAUUUUAGUAAAUUAAAGUAUAAAAUCAAUUAAAAAAAAAUAAAAUAAUAAUUUCAUUUGUACUAAAGAUAAUGUACAUACAGAAUUUUUAAAAACAUUCAAAAUUGAUCUUUUGGUGUUAAUGAAGAAUAUGUUUGAAUAUUUAUAAUAAAAAUUCUCCAUUUUUAUAUUAUAUACUGGUAUUUCUCUAAAAAAAAUUUUUUAUUAAUUUGAAUUUUACGUGAUAAAAAAUAAAUAAAAUAUACUCUCCUUUUAUUAACAUAAUAUGAUCCCAGCUGUUAUUUCUAGAUGUAUCUGUUGGAUUUUAAACAAAUAAUGUUACUAGUUUGUGUAAUACAUGUAAUGUUUAGUUUCCAGCCUGUUCUUUUCAAGUCAAGAAAUUUUAUUGAACAAAACAAAUUAUUGGUGAAUUUAUGUACUUGCCAGGUCCGUAAUGUAAUGGUGUAUCUUGAUCUAAAAAUUAAUUUAUCUUUUCAUUUGGUUAAAUUUUCAUUUGAUAAUUUUUUAUUUUUUUUAUUUCUGAAUUCUCAAUGAUAGCAAAGGCAUGAUAAUGUUCUAAGUAUCCAACAUUUAUUUAAUUCUGUUAAAAAUUUACAAGUUUAAUUUUUCUAAGGUGCCAUUUUCCCAUUUCAGUUUAUGAUCUGGAUUUGACUAUUAUUGCCACAUGCUGUACUCUUGUUUAUAAUUUUAUUGUUUUGUUAACAAGAUUUCUGGUGAUGUAGGAUAAAGUUUACUAUAUACAAUGUACCAGUAAACUGCCCGGGUCAAAAAUAGGGUCAGAGCAUUGAUUUUAUCAAACUUUACAUGUUUAUUUUUUAAUAUUGUGUUUCAUCUGUUUUAUUUACAACAUCACAUACAAGAUUGUUUGAGAAAUUGUUCUCAAUUAUCUUUGUGGCAUUAUUAUCCAUGUUUAUUUUACACUUUAAAAAUGUUAUUACAUUUAUCUGACACUGGCAUAGUUCUCAGGUUGUUUUCGUCUCAGAACUGAAGCAUCGCUCAUUACGACUUGAUGAACUCCAGCGAACCGACUUAUAUGAAAUGACUACUGUUCAGAAAAUAUUUAGAAAAGACAAAUGAGUGACCGUUGGAUACCAAGAACAGAUCAAGAAAAUAUUUUGAGGGAAUGGUGCUUAAGGGAAAAAGAUCACAUGGACCAAUGUAAACAAAAUUAUUUUGUGUUAAAAAGUAAGAGAGAAAAAAAGGCACUUGAAUAUAUUAAGAGGGGAUGAGUAACCUGGACACUAUCCCCCCCCCCCCCCCCCCCCCCACUGGAUACCAUUUAUCUUAUGAGUUGUUUCAAAAGGUGUAUAGAGUGUAAGCGAGCUGAAUACUUUUUCAAACAAGUUGUAAGAUAAAUGGUAUCUAAUGGCCACUUGUAGUAUUCUAUUUCUUACAUAUCCUCAUUAAUCAUAUUUGGAACAAAUUUAAAAGUAUUUGUCAACAAAAAGGUAUAUGUUCAUUGGAACUUAAACAUUAUUUUGUGAUUGAAAUAACAGGUGACACAUUUUGCACCACGGUGCUCUUUUAUUCUAAUUUUGUAUUCAUAAUUUUGCAAUAUUGAUGAUAUGCUGAUUGUGACCUGUUAUCUUUAUAGUUUAUGCAAUAAACUGAAGUCUUGUGAGACUUCAAAGUUAGUCACUAUUAAAUGCUAAUUUGUAAUAUUAUUUCUGUAUAAUAUCUUGAAAAAGAUAAAUUUUAUACAUUGUUAAUUAUGUUAUGUUUUCAUAUUUUGACUGAAUAAAAUGCUGUAUAUUUUACCCAGCAUUGAACAUUUACAUUUAAGUUGUUACCGGUAUUGAACAUCAUAGUUUUUUGUUCCUUUUUCUUACAAAAAUGGCAGAAAAACCACAAUAUCUUAACAAUAUAGAUACAUACUCUGGUAGCAAAGAACUGGACUAUUAUAUCAAAGCAUGAUACUUUUUCUUUUCAGUUUGAUAAAUUUGUACAUCAUUGUCGUAAUUGAAAAAUGUAACUAUGGUUUAAAUGGUUCUGCACAAGCUUUUGCUGAAAAUAAUUCUUAAGUGGAUGCCAGUACUUCCCCAGUUUUAUUCCAGUUUUCUGGACUUGGAACUCUGAAAUUGUUAGUUUUUUUCUUUAUCAUGGCACGACGUUUACUCAUAGUAUCUUUUAAUCAAAUGUACAACUCUGUUAAUCAAAAGAUUUUCAAUUGUUUUUCAAAUUGUAUUUUUUAACACAUUCCUCACGUUCAUAAUUAUUUCCGGUUUAUAAUUUUUAUAAGUAAAAAUAAAUUAACACAAUUUUAUUGUAUUGAACAAUCUUUCUACAAGAAGGUACAACUGGUUUUUACUAAAACUAUGUAAAAUAUUUUAAGAGUAUUUUUGCCUUGUGGCUGGCAAUAGUUUUGUUUUAAUGUUCAUCAUCGUUCCCAAUUUUGAGGUUUGUGUUUUAUUUUCACCAUCUUUAUCAAAGCCUAUCUUGCUGAAGGUAUUGAAGCUAUGGUGGAUAAUAAGUACAUUAAAAAGUGGGUAAGCGCUUUGUUAGAUAUUACCUAACCGCAAACAAGACAAUAAUUAUUGGCAGAAAUUCUGCUCGACCAAAUUCUCAGGUAAAAUACAUUUUAUUGAUUGGAACUAAUUAUUUUUUUGUAUUUCAAGAAAUGACAUUAUUUCUUUUGUUUUACACUGCCAAAUACAAAAGUGUAUUUACCUUCAAACAUGACAUGAAAUACCAAUAUGAUGUAUUGAUGGGAAAUGUUUAUAAAAUUGUUAAUAAUUUAUUGAAAUAAGUGGAAAAUAAAAUAACCAAGAUGCAAA